GACAAAAUGGUUGGAUACAUCAAAAUGGCGGACUAGGAAUGAGAAUAAGCAGAAAUGUUACCAAGUCUAUUAAUGUGGAUUUCAUGCUUUGGACAUCUACAAACUCAAUUAGUUACAUUGAGACUGCUGGAAGAACCUGUUCAGUUUGGACAAAUGUUGAGGCUUUCCUGUGUUGCUCAGAGUAAAACUGUUUAUGAUCUAAAUGGUGUAACUUGGUAUAAACAAAGUGAAAACGGCAGAAUAAUUUUGGUCAAUAACAAACAAUCAUUCUUUAAGUCGAAAUAUAAAGAUGUACAUGGAGAGGAAGAUUUUGAACGUGUUCUUAAAAUAUCAACAAUUAACGCAAGUGAUGUAAGCGCAAAUUAUUCUUGCGAGUUUGGACUACACGAAGCAUGGAUUAACCUAUCUUUGAAUACUAUAGAUAUUGCAUAUUAUCCGACGGGAGAUGAUAUCCAUGUCACAACGUCAUUUGAUAAUACGUACAGUUUCAUCUACGUUAAUGUUCUUAUUCGGAAAGUAUAUCCAGUUAUUCGAAGUUGUUGGCAUGUUUUGAAUGCUCGUAAUUAUUCAUUAGAAGAAUCGUUAAAAAUAUCUGAGAAAGGAAUAUUUUUUGGCGUUGAAUUUGACCGAAAAAUUCCUUUGCACGGGCCGGGGAAAGAGUAUGUGGUAGCAAUAAUAUGUUCAAUAGGAAAUCACAACGUAAAAAUCUUUCAAAAGUCACACAGCAUCGAGUCAUGCAAAGAUAUCGAUGAAGGGAUAGAUGCACUUUUCGAUACUGGAUUUAUACUUGGGAUAUUGAGUGGAAUAGCACCGUGUGUAUUUUUCGUAAUGCUAGGGUUGUACAUUAAAAAGAAAUGUAGUAAGAAUAAGUAUAAAGUUUGUAAACAGCCAAAUGAAGUAAAUGAAGACACAUACGAAACUACAGAUCUAUGAUGAAAAUAAAUACUAUAUUUUACGUUUAUAAAUUAAUUAGUUCACAUUUAUAGAUUAAAUCGAAUUCGACAGAGGUUUCAUACCUGGACCAACCUUUCAUGACAGAGCACCAGAGGAGUGUCCGAAUUUUGGUUGAUUUCGUGUGCUCAGUCAUUAGAAGUGUAUGUACACAUGUAGUGUUUGCAGACUAAUUUGUAUAUAAAAAAGGCCCGAUGAGUACAUUUCUGUUAAAAGUUGAAAUAUAUUUUUUUGCCAAUGAUGUUUUAGAGACAUCAAUCAGCAUGCAUAAUUGCCUCGGGUCUUGCCAACUGAUAAAAAAAGACACUAGUAUCGAUGUAAUAUAUACGAACAUAAGUAUUGUUAUAGUUAAAAUUUUAUUAUCAUUGAAUUCGGUUGAAAGACGGUAAUCGUAGUCAAUAAAAAUUACA